CGAGAGGGGAUACUUUUUGCUCAAGCAGAGAGCCAAACUGACCAAGAAAUACAGCACAGAAACUGACCAAUCGUGCAGGAUUCCAAGAUCACAAGGCAACCCGAGCAAGAUGAGCACUACCAAUGAUUUCGGGGCAGGCGGUAUUUUCGACGAGCCCACCCUCGAGGAGCUCAAAGCGGUGGGCAUGAGACAAACCGCACUUUGCAAGGAGUGGCUCGAACAGUUCGACCUCGAAACCGCAACCACUCGCACCCAUGCUCUGGCGAAAAUCGAAACCUGGACCGUCAAGGAAAUGCAGGAUCGGGAGGAGGCUCUGUCCAAGCUGAACCGGCUCGUCGCGCAGAGUUGCCAGGGUCGCGAGGCACUGAGCCGUGAGGAACAGGCCAAAGUGGACGAGCUGCGGGAGCUGAUCCGCAAGGACGAGGCCAGGACCUUCGCCCUCAUGCUGCAGUUCCUCAAAGAUACGAGGGAGUGGUCUUUGAACGGCCUGGCGAAUGCCGGGAGGGUUGAAACGGAAUUGGAGGCCAUCUCGUUUGCGAUGGACAUUCUCGACAAAAAGGGUCUGGAAGCCGUGAAUGAGCACCCCCGUGGCAAUCAUGUCGGUGAUUUGUUUGCUUCAUGGGAUCAGGAUGUCAAGAUGAGCAGGCUGGGGCUGUCUCUUUGCAGACACUACGAGUCUAUGGGCUUGCCCCGAAGGGUCCCUCAUCCGGACAUGGAGAAGGGAAGAGGUGAUGUUCGUGAAUGAUUGGAGGUUGAAUUUGGUACCACUGCUGAGACUGUAGCCCUAGCGAAAGCUGCAACCAAAUAUGAACAGCCGGCCUUGAUGAAAAACCGUCCAAGCCAGAAAGCCAA